AGCAGUCAUUGUGGCUUAUUCAAGCUAAUGCGGCUAAUGUGUAUCUCGAUGUCUUUUGAUGGUUGCGGUGCAGCAAGGAAACCAUGCUUCCUUAAUUCAAGCCAUCAAGGGCUGUGGUAGGACCGCGCAGUGGAGGGCAGCGCUGCAUCUAUUGGUCGGCGGAUAUUGUGACGCGUCUCGACGAGGCUCGGAAGGUGGUGCCAGCCGUGCAUAUGCAGAGUCACGCGUCAUUGUCACUGCGAGCGCAUGCAGUAAAGGCCUGCAGUGGCAGUUGGCGCUGACGCUGCUCAGCGAGGCGUGGGAGGCAAAGCUGGAGCCCAGCUAUCUCCUACAGCGCUGGGAUCAGCGCUUGCGAGAAGGGCUUGCAGUGGCAGCUGGCGUUGGCGCUGCUGAGCGAGAUGCGGGCGGCGAAGCUGGAUCCGACCGACAUCACUUGCACCGCUGGGAUCAGCGCGUGCGGGAAGGGCUGGCAGUGGCAGCGGGCGCUGGCUCUGCUGAGCGAGAUGUUGGAGGCGAAGGUGGAGUCCUCCGUCAUCUUCAGCUACACCGCUGGGAUCAGCGCGUGCGAGAAGAGCGAGCAGUGGCAGCCGGCGCUGGCGCUGCUGAGCGAGAUGCCGGAUGCGAAGCUGAAGCCCAACGAAAUCGCUACAACGCUGGGAUCACGGCGUGUGGGAAGGGUAAGCAGUGGCAGCGUGCUAUGGCUCUGCUGAGCGAGAUGCGGGAGGCGUUGCUGAAGCCCAACGUCAUCAGCUACAACGCCGGGAUCAGCGCGUGCGGGGAGGGCGAUCAGUGGCAGAGGGCCCUGGCGCUGUUGAGCGAGAUGCGGGAGGCGAAGGUGGCUCGGAACUCCAUC